UUGGUUGCAACUUCCUAUGACAGGUUGGCGCCGGAUGAUGGUGUGCAUGUCGCGCUUGUGGCAACCGGGCUCCGUGCUCGCAGCGCGGCUCGGAAAGCGGGUUUUGUCUUGCGGCCGAGUGGGCCUUUCAGUCCAGCACUAUAGCACCGAGGCAGCUCCUCACAUACCGGGGAUGGAGUACCAGGAUGCCGUUUGCACUCUAAACACACUUCAGACUAAUGCCAGUGCUCUGGAUGAGGUACGGCGGGUGCGAAACCACCCUGAGCUGCAGCUCCAGGCCAUGAAAGGUUUCCUGGAACGAGCUGGCCUCACAGUGAAGGAACUAGACCACCUAAACAUCAUUCAUGUGACCGGAACAAAGGGCAAGGGCUCAACAUGUGCAUUUACUGAACAGAUUUUAAGAUCUUACGGCUUCCGGACAGGAUUUUACAGUUCACCACAUUUGGUCGAAGUAAGGGAGAGAAUUCGAAUCAACGGACAACCUAUUGGGAAAGAUCUCUUUACAAAAUACUUCUGGCAGGUCUAUGGACGCCUCGAUGAAACAAAGGAAGCCAACGAUGGGACAAUGCCUGCGUACUUUCGUUUCCUCACCAUCUUAGCCUUCCAUGUCUUCCUUCAGGAGAAGGUGGAUUUGGCUGUGAUUGAAGUUGGGAUUGGCGGAGCGUAUGACUGCACCAACGUUAUAAGGAGACCUUGGGUAUGUGGUAUCUCAUCUCUAGGAAUAGACCACACUCAGAUUCUUGGAGACACCUUGGAAAAGAUUGCCUGGCAAAAAGGUGGCAUCUUUAAGCCAGGAGUCCCUGCUUUCACAGUCAAACAGCCAGAAGAGGCAAUGUCCAUGCUGAAGAGCAGGGCCAAAGAAAUCCACUGUCCCCUCUGGGUGUGUCCAGACUUAGAGCAGUACCAGGCAAACUGUGGACCUCUGAGUCUGGGCUUGGCAGGGCAACACCAGCGUGCCAAUGCCACUCUCGCCCUGCAGUUGAGUCACACUUGGUUACAAAGGAGAUGUCUACCAGAAGAAAAGUAUUUGUCCACCAGACUUAAGACGACAACUAUAUCUGAAGCACCUCCCUUUACACCUUCUCCCAACAUGAAGAAAGGACUUGCCAACACUGAAUGGCCUGGGAGGAAUCAAACAAUUAAACAUGGAGAAGUCACAUACUUUUUGGAUGGUGCUCACACCAUGCGCAGUAUGCAAGCUUGUGUGGACUGGUUCCGAGAGACAGCAGCAGAGCAUGAAAGGAAUUCAUGUGGACCUGUAGCCAGAAUCUUGCUCUUUAAUGCUACAGGAGAGAGAGACUGCGCAGCCAUGCUGAAACUUCUGAUGCCUUGCCAUUUUGAUUUUGCUGUGUUCUGCCCUAACAUCACUGAGACCAUCACUUCCUGUAAUGCAGACCAACUGAACUUCAAUGUGUCGGUGGAACACAUGUUAACCCGCUGCCUGGACAACGAGAGGAGCUGGCGCUUGCACAAUAGCACGGGGGACACAGGCAGCAACCCACUUCUGAUUGAGGACAGCUUGUCUUUAGCCCCCGACAAGAAAGCGGACACACUGGUGUUCCCCUGUAUCCUUAGCGCCCUCCACUGGAUCACACAGGGUAGAGACCCUGUGCUGGCGGACCCUUCCAAGAAAGUGUUCCCGUUGAAACCCAGUGUGAAUGCCAAAGCUGCUCCACUCUGCAAUGCAGCCCAGAUUCACAUACUUAUCACUGGUAGCCUGCAUCUGGUAGGAGGGGCACUAAAACAUCUUGUUCCUCAAUCCGCCUAGGAACUGGAAUUCCUGUUAGAAUUAGCAUGGGGCUGUUAUCUUUAUGGGCGCUAUUGUUCUGGGCAGUGGUACAGUAUCACAUAGAUGAGUGCACCCUUCACUUUUCAGCAGCCGUUUUUAGUAUAUCUUCUCAAGGGAGUGAAACUGUGUUAUAACUUUAGGGUAGUCUGUGUAUAGCUUGUAAAGUAGUAAAGAUUGAACGUACUUAACACACAGGUUACUGUACAAAAGUGUGUGUGAAACGCUGGACACUUGCCACCCUCCAUAGUUGCUAUCUUGGCUACAUAGCAGAAGGGGAGGGACUAACUUGAGUGGUUGCAAUUCACCAUUUAAAAGGAGAGGAAGCAGGCAAACAUGCGAUCGUCAACAACCGUAACCAAUUUGAGACAAAAUUUGCACAGAAAUUAAUUAGUGUACAUACACCAUUUGAGACACAACCAAUAUUUUGUGAGCACCAUUGCUAUUUAGCACAGCCUUUAAUCCAUUUAGCCAAGGAAGUAAUAAGAGUGGCAUAGUUUGAUACUGAAAUCCUCUUUCUCUCAUUUAUGGUGUCAUGGUGGCCUCACCAGUUUCGGCCGCACUCAUGCUUGACUGGCGGCUAGACUCACGUGUUGCCAGCUGUUAAAACAAUAAUUGCUGUGUUCGGUGGAUAGUUAAGCUAUAUUGUACAAAAGCUGUACACUGUCUACUCUAAAGAAUGUCUUAAGUUUCAUUUCUAGUCCCUUGAGAAGAUGCAGUACUAUAUAAAAAUUGUUGCUAAACUUUGGGGCGUGCUCUUUGUGUAAGCUGUACAGAAGAUCACUGAUAUUUGCGGAGGUUGCUUUCUAAAACCACAGAAAUGGGAUUUGUCUUGGCAAAAAUACAUAUUUUUGCACCAUAAAAAUGCUAAAUUGCGAAUAUGCAGGGAUCUAUUUAUGUUCGAGAGAAAUUGUCUCCAUGCACUGUGGAGUUCGAACUAAGGCAGCUUCAUCACCGGUGAAGCCUUAAACACUGGAGUGCCAUGUCAUCCCACUUGAAGUCAAAAAUGUGUUUACAUCGGGUGUAUAUUCAGUUUUAAAUGAUAAUAUUUUUGUACAUCACCCAUUCCAAAAGGUAUAUUUGUGUGUCUGUUUAGAUACAUGUAUACAUAGAUACAAACAUACAGUGGUAGCUCGGUUUUUGUUGUUUUUUUUCUAAACCAAAUUGUACAAAAACUGAAGCAAUUUUUCCCAUAACAAAUAAUAUAAAUCAAAUUAAUUUGUUCUGGAUACUCAAAAAUAUGAACACAAUUAUUUUUUUAUAAAGAAUUAUUUAUAGUUUACAUGUAGAAAAAUAAUUUAAUACCAAUAAAUGAUGCAUGAAAUGUAUAGAUGAAUAUUUUUAACAUCACGUUUACCUUAAUUGAAGACUCUUUGUUAGCAAAGAGGGAGGAACCACAUGGACAUGGUCGUACCGUUCUCGGAGUUUAACAUUUCAAUAGUAUUUCUCACUUUUGUCCAAGUGCUGUCACAACUUUAUUUACGCUCGUGGUGGGUUAUUUUGUAGUACUCAAAAAUUAAAACACAUUCUUUGUGGGGGCACUCCAUUCUACAGAAUGAUGUGCAGGCAAACAGACUAGUUUAGUCAUACAAUAAUUGAAAUGGUGAGGAAAACGGGGAAAAUUAUAAUGGGGAAAAACAUUUAUUACAAAAUGUAGGGCAUAUGAAAAAUCCAGUUCCACUGUACAUGAAUACAGUACCGUAUAUGUACAGUACACGUAUAUACACAAAUUAUAUCCCCUUCUACAUCCACUUAAGUCAGUUAAUGAAUAAGAGUGUAAUACACAAUAUGGUUGCAGGUGGAAGUUUUUAAUGAUUCAUGAAUGUCACAGUCACAGAAGUUCUCACUUAGUACCUCAUGUAAGCCCAUUACCCCUGCAAAUGUUUAGGAGGGGAGAUUAUGUCAUUUAAAUGUUCUAAUUUACCCUCUUACAAUGACUUCACAUGAACUUUUUCCAAUUAAUGAUUUCCCCCACUGUAACUUAAUCACAUUUGUAUAUGUCACAUAAAGAACUGAGUUAAAAAGUUUUUGGAAGUGAAUUUUGAUCCAUCAUGUCUUAAUACCAAGUCAAAUAUUUUUUUUAAUGCAAAGUGAGUGGAAAGCGUUGCAUUUGUCUCAGCCACAUUCAUUGAAGCAGGGUUUAAGUAAAACAUAAUACAUGCACUUCUGGUGGCAGCUUGUGCAAUGUGACGCAGCCUUAAUAAGGACGAGCCAGUAUUAUUCGAGGCAUUUUUCUAAAAGACAUCAGAAAUGUAUAAGCCUGCGGUAUAUAUGAGUAAUCAUUUUCUUCUGAAUACAUGUCGACCUGCCCCCUGUAAUGGCAUAUUGCCACUACAAGUUAAACACUAAAAUAAAACUGCCUAAAAACAUUCA